GAAAAUCCUGCUGGAAUCACAGACAGUUUGCACUCUGGAACCUGGAGGAUUUGUCUGAGCCGGUUAUGGAGGAAGAUUUGGAUGGAGGUUCGGGUGUUAUUUUCCCUUUUUAUGAUCCAGACACACACCUGCUGUUUCUGGCUGGGAAGGUCAAACAUCACACAAACACACACGCAUCAGACACACAUCACACACACAAACACGCACACACGCUGAAUAAAACUAUCUGUCACUCUUUAAGUCAAUUAGUUUGCUUUGUUUUCUGAUGCUUGUUUACAAAGAUCUUAAUGUUGUUUUUCAGGAGGACUAGAUCAGGUGUUUUCCGUGUAUCUGUAACUGCGUGUUCAGACCAAACGCGUCUUGAGCGAAUGAAUCUCGCUAUUCGCGUGUUGUUGGACGCUUGAACAUUUUGAGUUUACUCGCAUCAUUCGCGCGUCAAAUUCACUUCAUUGCAGACGCGAAUUCGCAUCAUGGGAGGGGCUUCCGCCAGACGGCUCCAGUCUCUGCCGCUGUUGUUGGUCACAAUGCUCUUCCUUUGUGACAAGGUAAGGAGGUUGUUUUUCCAUCCGUUAAAUUUAUGUAAUUAUUUUGACCAUCCAUGUUAUAUAAGGAGAUAUAGUGUUAUUAGAGAGGUUUACUAACGUGUAUAUGCAAUUAUUUUGAUAGAUGGUUUUGUAUAUCUGAUAUUAUUUCAUAUGUUGUAAAUCCCAUGUGGUGGACUAUACUGUUUUCUUUAUUGUGUUGUGUUUGAGGUUUAUCUCUGUAUUUUGUAGUCUUAUCAUUCGUAUUUUGUCUAUAUUUUUUAGUUUUUAAUUGAAGUGUAUUUGUACUUUGUGAUUGGCUGCGACUACAGCUAACUUUGCUCCUUUUGAUGUUAAUGUGUUAUUGACAAUGCUCUUCCUUUGUGACAAGAUGGCGGAUGUGUACCAGACAAAUAAAAAAAUACAGAAAGCUUCACUGCUGUGACACAACAACGGUCUUGGUGUCCUCCUCUUACACCCAGUACAUCACACAACGCAGAGACAUUUGGGGGAGCACAUCAACGAAGAGGGUUACAUCUUUGGUGCCGUGACCCGGAUCGUUUGUUUCUAUGUCAACGGAAGUAAGCUUUCAGAUAAAAAAAAAAAAAAAAGACUCUUUUGUCUUAAAGUGGCAGUGUUAAAUAUAUUGUUUGACUGAACUGAGUUUUGCUUUAGUGUUGUUUUGUUUGAUUUGAGUUGGAAAUUGGUGAACUGCAGGUUUUUUUUAUUUUUUCUUGAUAAAGUGCUUUGUGAAUAUAAGAAACAUAAGAAAAAAACAAAACACAUUUACUUACUACAUUUUUUUUCAUAUUUAAAUUUGCAAACACCACACAUAGUGUAUUGCCCAAUACAUACACAUACACUGUGUGCUGCACAGGCAAGAAGAGUCUAAGAAGUGGAAGAAAAAUGCAGAGGCUCCCUGAAACCACCCCUCAUAGACCACUUUCCCAUCCCCAAUUACCCCUACGGCAGAUCUUCCAGGCCACCCCAGGAUUACCAGUAAAGCAGGACAAAAUUCAACAGUAUGAAAUAAGCAUGCCUGUCGAUGUGAGUAUUGAAACUGGAUCCCAGCCAUAUGAUAACCCCCAGCAGUCUGUCAGGUCAAAGACUGCACAGCUAGCGACACACACACAGAAUGUGCCUCCCUCUGCGGUGAGCUGGCACCAGUCGGGCACCUGUUCCAGCGCUUCUGCACAACAUCAGCCCUCAGCUCAUGCCCUUGGCCCAGAUAAACCCUUCUACGGACUUCCAACCACUGGGCACCAGACUUUAGUUAACCCACACCAAUCUAAAGUGCCGACUGUUUCAUCUCAAACUAACCUGCAUAACAAUGUCACUACCAUUCAGGCUUCACCAAACAUGGCCAACAGAAUGCCAACUGACAUGUCUCCUUCUCCAAAUGGCUUAUACCUGCCGCCAGCAUUCACUGUGCCACUUAAAGCUCACAUUCCUGCUUAUCCAGGUAUGAUCCAUGCACCCAGUAUGUACACUUCUCCAUGUGAUCUGCAGUAUCCUGCUGCAAUGGCUGUUUCACCACAAGCCAACUUGCCUGGUCAUCCAACGGCUGUUCAAAUUCCUCCUUCCUUCGGCUAUGAUGUGCCAAAUGCUAUGUACUCAAGGCCACCUGAUUCACUCCUGCCCCCAGUACCUCCUGUGUUGUCUGGAACCAGCUAUCCUCACAAAGCAGACCCCAUUCAAUUGCAACAAACUUCCUAUGAUCGACAGCACACCUUACAUUCGAACUGUGCCAUUGUGCCAUCCUCCUCUACUCCUGUGUAUGCUGCUAUGAUAGUUCCAGUGCAUCCUGCUUCACAUAUGUAUGCACAACAACCCAGUUCUGUGCAACAAUCCCAGAUUACUCCGUAUUUUGCUUAUCAACGAGAUGCAAACAUUCAUUCCUCUGCAAUGACUACGCCACAGCCCAGCUUUACACAGACACACCAAGUUCGAAAUGUGCAAAUGUUCAAUGGUGGUCCUGAUUGCAGAGUAUUUAUUGAAGACUGGAUUCGGGACAUGCAGUAUCUUCUUGAUGCUGGAGGAAUGCCUGAAAAUCUGUCAUUUGCUACUGUAGUGCGACAUUUGAAUGGAGAAGCCAGGAGGCUAGUUCUGAAUCUCCCCUCUAAGGAGCAGACUGCUGGCAGAGCCUUUGAGGAACUACGAGCUGAAUAUAGUGAUAUGCAAACAUCUCUGGACCCAUUAGCUGAUUUCUAUGAGAGAUGCCAGCGCCCUGGCGAAUCAGCAUGUUCAUACGCAAUUGCCCUGGAGGCCAGUUUACGUUCAGUGGAAGAGGCGCAGUGCGGAGGCCAACCCUUUCCAGACCGAGACAGCAAACUGACUCGUCAGUUCAUUAGAGGUUUGAGUGAUGAAGAGGUUUAUCACAGGAUAGCGUCGAUGAAGCCUAGACUUUUAAGUUUUCGUGAACUGCAAGCGGAACUUCGUAACCUUGCUAGGGAGACAAGGAAGUUUCAGACACAGCCAAGGGCCAAAAAGACGUACACCCAGGCUCAGUUUACGACAACAAGUGGCAACCUGUCUGACGAAAAGCUGAGAACAGAGAAAGGAAAUAGACAGAACACAGAUCUUACUGAACUCACAGUCAUGGUGAAGAAACUGGUGAGCAGCCAAGAGGAUCAGAUCAAUAGAUUGACACAGCUGGAGGCUAGAGUUGGAGCAACACGAUGGCCUGUGCUUCCUCAGACCCAGAGAUCUCAAGGGAGUGCAGAAACUGCAGUAAGGGGUGUAGUUUGCCAUCGUUGUGGAAAACCGGGACACAUUGCACGUUUGUGUAGGACAAUGAUGACUGAUGAGGCAGUCCAAGCUGAAAUUGGAGCAGAGACCAGGCAGGAUUUAAAUGCGUAGGGCCUGUGGUUACCGGGGCAACCACAGGCAUGCAACAGUGUCCCCAGCUACAUGAAACGGCCAAGUUUAAACCAGUCGAUACCCUGUUGGUAGGUCCCUGUAAUGAAGGGGUGGUUGAAGUGAAUGGAGAGAUGUGUCAGGCUCUC